AUGCCAAAUGGAAUUAAUAUUUCUAAGAACGAACCCGUUAGUGCAUUACGUACUGAAAUUUGGAAUAACUACUUGACUGAAUAUGGAAAUGCUUCUUUUAAUCUUCGUGCGGUCAAUAUUGAACAUAGAGAAUAUGUGAAUAUGGAACCUGAAAAAAAAAUCAAUGCUCAACUGAUAUGUAUUUUAUGCGAAGCAUGGGCAGAUGCAAAGCAUCCUUACUUCGUAAGAGGCCCUAUAUUUUUGUAA